UGGAUCACAUGUAAGAAGGGGGAAAGGUUCAGGAUGUGUUAUCGCAUCAUGAUAGUGACUGUUUUAUUGAGUCAGGACGAGUUGAGCGACAUCUGAAUGGGCGUUGGCACCUCCUGCAGAUAGACUGGUAAACAUAGCAUUGUACUGUGAGUUCAACUCUGUGGCAGGUUGAGCACUCAGCUGCACAAUGGCUGACUGGGACUAUGACUAUCUGAUCAAGCUGCUGGCACUCGGGGACUCGGGGGUGGGAAAGACCACCUUCCUCUACAGGUACACCGACAACAAGUUCAGCCGAAAGUUCACAACCACAGUGGGCAUCGACUUCAGGGAAAAGAGAGUGAUGUACACAGGGAAAGGUGCUGAUGGUUCGAGUGAGAAGAACUUCAAAGUCCACCUUCAGCUUUGGGACACAGCAGGACAAGAGAGGUUCCGCAGCCUCACCACAGCUUUCUUCAGAGACGCCAUGGGCUUCCUGCUGAUGUUCGAUUUGACCAAUCAGCAAAGUUUCCUCAACGUCAGGAACUGGAUGAGUCAGCUACAGGCCAACGCGUACUGCGAUAGUCCAGACAUCGUGCUGGUGGGCACCAAGGCGGACCUCUGGGAUGUGAGGGAUGUUCACGCCAGACAGGCCAGAGAUCUGGCAGAUAGAUACGGCAUCCCCUACUUUGAGACAAGUGCAGUGACAGGUGCUGAGGUGGACAACGCCGUGACCACCCUGCUGGAACUGGUGAUGAAGAGGAUGGAGCAGAGCACUCAUUUAGGCCACAGCUCUGAAAUCAAUGGCAGCCCCGUCACCAGCCAUGAGGUGGAGGAGGCUCCCGCCAGGAGGUGGUGUGCUUGCUGAUGCUACUGCCAGCUGCCACUCUUCUCACAUUGGCCCCAAGUAACACUGAGUUUCUAAGAUGCCGCACCAGAAGGAAAUGUUGGCACUGUGCGUUUGUGCAAACCAUGAAUACAUUACAUUUGUAUGUUUCAUAUAUAUCAAUGUUUCUAAAGUGACGUAGUGUAUGAGCUGACUUUGCAUUCGGGAGGUGGAGGGGAUGAUGGAUUGCAUGCCACCUAGGCAAGAUGCCUGCCAAGCUGCAGACUACCGUUUGAGACCAACAAAUAGCAAGUCAUCGCUGUGUUUCUGGUGGCUUUUAAGCUACCAGACAUGGGUGGAUUUUAGCAUUUUUUCGCUGUGUCCUGCCGGGAUAGUGCCACAAAAAGCAGCUGUUUUCUACAGAGGGAUCGACAGCUUCUCCAGCCAUGAUUACAAGAUCUUUCCUGCCCAUAAACAAGUAGUUUUUGUGCCUAAACAUACCCACAUUGUAACCACAGCUUUGUAAAAAUGCAAACAACCAUGAUGUUCUAACAUAUCCACUAUAUAAUGAUAUACAAAUGUAUCUGUGGUUUGCAUAAUCUUACAAUGCCGUCAUUUUUUUCUGGUGAUUGGGUUGGUUUUCUGGAAUGCAUGCUGGAUGAGGCAGAAGGUCGUAAAAUCAACUAAAAAUAUGAUCCAUACUUGAGCGGGAAUGUGGCCUGAUAUUGUUUUUGCAGCGUGAAUUCCGCUCUUAACAUAUGCUGCCUGUAAUGUUAUAUAUUCACAGCCUGUGCAUUGUGAGAAGCAAGAAGGAGGAGAUAGAGCACAAGACGUUAAAAAUGUAUAUAGUAAGUGAAUAUAGGUACUGAUGUAAAAACUGGGAUGUUUUAAAGACACCAAGUGGUUGUGAUUUAGCAACAAAAAAAGGCUAAUUAUCAUCUUCAAUGGGUCAUAUCAGAGAAAAAUACUGUUUUUAUUUGACACAUUGAGGCAUUGAUGGAAGGAAUAUGCAGGCACAUAACGUAUAUUUAUCAUGGAGUAUAAUCAAAAAACAUUUAAGACAUGGUUACAUUUCUUAUAUGAAUGAUCGUUUUUGUUAGAACAACCAAGAUAGCAAAGUCACUUAACAUGAUUUAUGACUUUCAUACGACAUGUACAUAAGCAGCCAAGCUUUUCUAUGCGUUAUGGAACAGAGUUGCCAUGCAGAUCGAACACAAGUACAAGAAUGUUAAAGGGUUGUUGGAACGAAUCCUGUACAGUGCUGCGUUUGGAAUAAAGACAUUUUAUGUUUAAGUUA